CUGGCGCGACGAUCGAGCCCUGUCGCUUUAUGGCGGGCGGUAUUCAACAGGCUGAUAUUUAUAGACUACGGCGGAGUUUUCUGCAAACCUUUGCAACGUUUUAAGCGUCAAAAUCUAGUUGUUACGUUUAUCUCAACGUUUGUCUGAUGAUCAUCGAAUUUGAUUGAUGAAUACGUAAUGAUACGAUACCAUGACAAUGACAAUGGUAUUUUCGGGCAGUGGGACAAUGAAUAUCGCCUCGGUUAAUAUCGCCGAGAAAAUUACGGAAAUUCUAAUGUAAGAUCGCGACCAGCUGCUGCUCGCCCGGUUGCUCGAAGUCACAUCGUUGUAUCUCAGUGGUGGAAGAGGAUGCAACAAACUGAUAGCCGAAAACAUAUUUCUCGCAACGCAGUGCAUUUCACACACAGUCGUGGAAGAUGAUGUUCACCGGUGGCUCGCAUGCGAAGAGGAGGAAUGCCGGUAGUGGUAGAUUUGGAACCUCUGGAAGGAAGUCCUCCGUGGACCAUCGGAAUCCUCCGAUACGCUGUGUAGGUGCAGAAGGAUAUACGUAUAGAACAAGAAUACCGACACAUUUUAAUUCUACGGAAUUACCACCGACAACCUCGACGCAAGGAAAGACUUAUGUCUACAGAACUAGAGUUCCUCGGAGGGAUCCCGUGGAAACGACGACGUCGACUUCCUCUUCGUUGCAAGAGAAUAACGUUGGACGUGCUAUCACGAAAAGAAGAGGGGCUGUUAAACAUAAUAAAGUACACGUUGUACGAGGCCACAAACUUGUAGCUAAAUUCUUUCGACAACCGACAUUUUGCGCCUUUUGUAAAGAUUUUUUAUGGGGUUUCGGUAAACAAGGAUAUCAGUGCCAAGCAUGUCAAACUGCGGUACACAAAAAAUGUCAUGAUAAAUUAUUAACUAAAUGUCCAGAGAGUGGGAGAGAAUCGGAAAAUACAAUAUAUUUGAGAGAACGUUUCAAGAUAGAUGUCCCUCAUAGAUUUCGAACUCACACUUUUAUGUCACCGACUUUCUGUGAUCAUUGUGGCUCGAUGCUGUAUGGAUUGUUUCGGCAGGGUUUAAGAUGCGAUGCUAGGAAUCGCUUGCAUCGCAAUCGUCCGACCAUCAAGAUCAGAUCGCAGGCGUUGAAAGAUAAUCCUGUAUUACGAGAACAUAAUGAAAAACACGAGAAGUCAGUGGGCGAGCUCUUGAUGGAGAAGUUCUUUAUUAAAGAUAAGAAAUCAGAUGGCGACGGAAAUCAACAGACACGUCUAUAUCAUCAAGUCAGCUUGAAUCGCUUAGAGAAUCUUCAAGAGCAAGAGGCUGUACAAAAGCGAAUCACUCGCAGAUUUACACGACGCAGAUCCUCUGCCGAUCUGCAACUUAAUCCUGAACAAUUGCAACAAAAAGCUACGUAUGCGCAAGUUCAAGCGAAGGUCUUGGAUAGUCUCGUGGCUGAGGAGCAAGCUCAGAUCGAGAAUGAAAUACGACAAGGUACUUUGAUGAGGAAGGAGACAACAACGAGAGGUUCAAUUAUUGCUCACUCUUACUAUACCAAUUCCGAUACGAUGACUGAAGAAGAGGAGAAAACAGCUACAACAAGAAUAAAGAAAACCACGAAUAAGACGAAAAAAAAGAAGAAGCCAACUAUCGAUAAAUUAUGGCUAACUGAUAAGAUUGAUAACAGGCGAUCGAGUAUCUGCAACGAAAUAUCCACUGAUUCGGAGAUUGAAGAGAAGAACAAUGAGUCGAAAUCUCAGAUGUAUAAGAUCGAAGCUUGUAACAGCGCUGGGGAUUUCUCUACAAUUUGGGUGAAUGCAAGCUCCGAAAAUGAGAAGUGUGAAUCAAUAGCCGAACAGUUUAGAGAGAGUGUGAAGAUUCCUAUUCCCAGGGUAUUUAAAACUGAAAGUGAAGUGAAUGCUUUUCCGAAUAAUAUGGACGAAACGGAAAUGCAAAUAGUGUUACCUACGCAAAAACCUUACCUAAAGGAUACAUCAAGGAACAGCGUAUAUUUGACAAUAAAAAAGCCUAUAGAAAAACUCAACAUCAAUCUCGAAAGAAAUGAGAAAUUCAACAAUGAAAAUCAAUUAAGCCUGACAAAUGGUUUCGUUGAUGUGAAAAAUAAUAUUCUUAAAGAUAAUGUAUUAAAUAAUUUAACGAGCAAAGAUUCACUGGAAUUGAAUGACGAUAUAGAAACGACAAAUGAUACUAAAGAUAUGACGGUAAAUAAAAUUUCAGAUAAGUCUAAGAAAAUGGAAUUUUCGGCAAAAAAGAACAUUUAUUUCACAUUGGAUGAUAACUUGGACAUACGAAACAAGAUUGUCUCAAAAACAAAUAGCGAUGUACGAGAAAAUGACAUAAACAAUGCACCACUUUCGAAGAGUGCUGAGAAGGUUAUGAAUUCUAUACAAUCAAGCGCUUCAGCAUUUAUUUCGACGAAUGCACAGAAAAACGAUGCACAAGUAAAACAAAUAAAAUUAUCCAAAAAUAUUUUCACCAAUAUAAAAAAAAAUGAAAGUCAGAACAAUGAUAAUGUAAUCAAUGCUAUGAAAGGCUUUGAUUACAUAAAAACUGUUUCAACUACCGAGAUGCCAAAAUUUCUCACUACUAAAAAUUCUGUCACUUCAAAAACAGAUAAACUCAUGGAAGAAAAAGAUAAACCAAAAAUCUUGGCGAUGUCGCGUGAAGAUGCUACAAGGCGAAGCGUUGUCUUAAGUGAAGUUGACGAUAAUGCUGGGGAAAACAGUGCCAAUAGUGCGUUGUGUCGUCUGCCAAAAUCGUCUAAAAUUAAUACAGAUAGAAAUAAUGUCGUAGAAGCGUCAGAGCUUUCAUUACGAGAGACGGCACAGUAUCUGGCAAAUCCACCGGAUAGUGCUGAGGAGGUUGUCACGUUGCCGGAAAAGAAGGUGAACAAAGCAUCAAAAUUGGCAAAGACUUCCUUCUUCAAUGCUUCGAAGAAACCCAAUAGCGUAGACACGAGUAAAUCAACUUUUAAAAUUAGCGUAACUCAAGCCAAUGACAUGGCCAAUUUAGUGACCACAGAAACGACCUUGCCCAAGGAAAUGAACGGUGAAGUGCGUAGUACUGACUGCAAUGAGGAAAUGAAAUCAAUAACAGAUGUCAAACCGACAAAAGUCGAUUUGACGAAAACAUUGACAAAUAAAAUAGAGAAGACUAAUGGAAACAUAUUACGCAAAUUAUCUAUAAAAACGACUAAUUCAUCAAAAGUCGAGACGGAAAUAGUCAACACCAAAAUAUCAGCAUCGAAAGAAUCGAAUCUAUUGAAGACUGACAUAAAAAAAAAAAGUAAUGUCGACAUAGUCGACAUAGGAAAAGAUUCAUCAGGAGAUUCCGAUUUAUCCAAUCUAAAAAACAAUGUGCCGAGACUUGAUGUUGCAAAAUCCAAAUUCAAAAUGAAAACUUUUCCGAGAACGGCUGUGAACGAAACCGAUAAAAUGGGCUCAUUGAAAAUUAAGGAAGAUUCAGAUAUAUCUAAAAUAACAAAAAUUAAUGAUGAUAAAUCCAUAUCAUUUUCUCAAAAAGAUCUUGAUGUGCCAGGAAUCGUGAAAAAAGGCAUCUUUGUUGAUUCUAAAAAAUUAAUGAAUGAUUGCUUAUCGAAUUUGACAUCGAAUAAUAUUCCCAAUGUGCAACAAUCUGCAUCCGUUGAUGAAAAAGCUGCGGAUAAAAGUAUAUCCAUCAAAAAAACGUUAAAGCCGACAAAAUUUCUGAAUAAAGUAACGGAAAAGAAGUCGGUGAUAGUCGACGUGAAUUACGACAAGUCGCAGGAGAAAAGUGGGCAAUUAUCCAAAAGUGCUUCUACCGAAUCUAUCGAUUUUUGGAGCGAGAUUAAAGCGACGAGUAGUCCUGAAGAGGUGAAAUCGAAACAAAAAAGCGGAUUUUCUUGCGAGGCUACAAUCACCAAAAUUGAAAACAUAGAUUCAAUGACUUCGAGGAUAUUUAAUGAUUCAUUGGCAAGAAAGAAGUCGUUGAUAGCGUCAGUAAAAAAUUUCAAUGAUAAAAAAGAUAAGACUAACGUCAAAAAAGGCAUAGCAGAAUUCGGCAGUUCAACAGUUGAAUCUAGUAACGUUGUCGCAGAAGAAAAAAAGGAAAAAGAGAAUGUCAUUUUGGAAUUUCCAAAAGUGAAAAAUGAAGAAGCUGCAAAACUUGUUAAAACAACAGAGAUUAAGAAAAACGCGCUGAAAAUGCCGCCAAAGAAGAAGAAAAACCUUUCAAUAACAAUCGGUACCAAGGACUCGAAUUCGACCGCAAAGAAGACUCCCUUGAAACAUGAUGAUUCCGCGAUCCUAAUACAAUCCGACUCUACAACAUCCAAUAUGACGACUGUUGCAGCUUCGGAAGUAUCUACUCUUUCUGAGGUCACAGUACCUGUAAUAAAUAUAGUCGAAGCGUCUAAAUUAUCCGAAGAAUCUAACAGCCGCAGAAUCGAUGAAGUUUGGGACGAAAAUCCCGAUACUCCAACAAACGAACUACCAUCCGAUCUUUUUUUAACUACAAAAAUCUCAAAAUGGAGCAAUCAGGACGAUCGGAUGAACAAUGACGAUGUAAAGACUCCCAUUGCGUCGGAAAAGACCAGUUUGGUCGCUAGUCCUAACAUCAAUCCGCAAUCUUUCAAGACAAAGCAUUCGAUUAAGAAAAAGAAGCCGUCUACUAAGAAAAUACCGUUAACGAAAAGUGAGAGAGAAAUGAAGAUUCGUAACAACGAAUCGAUGAUAACGAGUCAACAGAACACGCUUACUCCUGAAAAGCAGUUUCCAGCAAAACCAUUACCGAGAACGUCGCCCAAGUCCAGUCCGAGAAACACACCUUCACAACGCCCACUCGAUCUCAUCAGGAUGUUCUAUACUACACCAUCGGCAUUGCUCACAGCCACACCGAGAGAUCUCUCCAAGAUCAGAAGAGCGAAGAUCAAAAAGAGGCGACAUCAUUCAAAAACAUCAUCCGUCAAUAGCGAUAGUACCGGUAGUACAACGAGCACCGCCACAACAGGGAGUACAGACGAAAGCGGAUCAACUUGCAUCGAAUUAGACGAUGAUUCCGAGCACAAGAACUCGACAAGAAGCAACGAUUCCGGAUUCGACGGUUCACCAAGAAUCUUGAAUUGUGACAUGGCCUGCCAUAAGAAGUGCGAAAAGCUAACUGGAAAUCUAUGUGGAUUAAACCAAAAGCUAGUCGCAGAAGCAUUGCAAGCUUUGAAGAGAGCGCCCUCGCAGUCAUCGGACAAUCAGCGAAAUUCAGAUUCCUCGGAUCGUUUCUCGAGCGGUCGAAUAACGCCUCCAGCGACAAACUUACCAAGGUUCAAGAAAUAUGCCGUCACAGAUUUUAAUUUCCUCAAAGUCUUGGGUAAAGGUAGCUUUGGUAAAGUCUUGCUAGCUGAAUUGUGCGGGACGGAAUGCGUAUACGCGGUGAAAUGUCUGAAGAAAGAUGUUGUUCUCGAAGAUGACGACGUCGAGUGCACGUUAAUCGAGAGAAAAGUUCUCACGCUGGCGACGAGACAUCCGUAUCUCUGUCAUCUAUUCUGCACUUUCCAGACCGAUUCGCAUCUCUUCUUCGUUAUGGAAUACCUUAACGGGGGUGAUUUGAUGUUUCACAUACAAAAGUCGGGUCGAUUUCCCGAGACCCGCGCACGUUUUUACGCUGCCGAAAUAUGGUCCGGACUGAAUUUUCUGCACAAGAAAGGCAUCGUUUACCGAGACCUCAAGUUAGACAACGUCUUGCUUGAUUUCGAAGGCCAUAUUCGAAUUGCGGACUUCGGCAUGUGUAAACUCCAAAUCUUUCUAGAUAGAACGGCCGAUACAUUUUGCGGUACGCCAGACUAUAUGGCACCAGAGAUUAUAAAAGGACUUAAAUAUAAUCACGCCGUGGAUUGGUGGUCUUAUGGUGUCUUGUUGUACGAAAUGUUAACCGGCCAGUCACCAUUUUCUGGAUGCGACGAGGAUGAACUAUUUUGGAGUAUUUGCAACGAACGGCCGUUUAUACCUCGGUAUCUGAGUCAAGAAGCUACCGAUAUACUCAUCUGUUUAUUGGAGAAGGAUGCUGGGAAGAGGCCGCCUGGUCAUGAAAUUGCUAUACAUGCUUUUUUUCAGCAUUUGCCUUGGGAUCGAUUAGAGAGAAGACAAUUAGAACCACCAUUUAAGCCUGCGCUUGAUCACACCUUGGACACAAAGUAUUUUGACACAGCGUUCACAACUGAACGUCCAAGGCUCACGCCAGUGCCAGAACAGAUUUUGACUUCGAUGGAUCAAAAUGUUUUCUGCGGAUUCUCUUAUACGAAUCCGAAUGCGACAGACUGA